CGUCAGCGCGUCUGGACUCCAUUAGAAGCUGCAGCUGUUUGGAGAGAAACAACAACAACAGAAAAAGAAAGGCGACGCUUUUCCCCCUCACAGACACCGUGGAGUCCUGAACCUGCACCGGUGCCCUUCUCUUUUCCUUCCCCCUUCCCCUCUACCCCCCGGGAGCUGAGUGUCUCCUGUCCCCGUAUCCCUCGCGGGGCAUCACGGGCUUCUCACCACGGCCGCUCUCGGUGAGGGAACUCUGGCCUCCGCUUCCUCCUCCUCCGACUCGGACACCGGCGGAGCGUCGCCGCCCCCGCGGAAGAAGCGCCGAGCCUCGGCGGCGGAGGGAGCAGGAGAGCCCGAGGCUUCAGCAGUAGCAGCAGGCCCGGCGGGCCUCUCCGCGGCGCUUUCCGCACGAACUCCCCCGCAUCCUCACGCCGUUCACUUCAGCCGCAGCGCCGGCAACAACAUGCAGUCCAACGGGGCCGAUCAGGGACAGGACUCCGGGCUCAGCUGCCAAAACAAUAACGCACAGAACCUAGAGAACGGAGAGAACGGAGAGUGCUCCAGCGGCAGGGGGGAAACGGCGCACUCUAACGGGCUCCUCUCCGGAUCCGGUACCGGGAACAACACGGCCCAGACCGGGACUCCUGCACUCUUAUCCUCCGGGUCCGGGUCCUUAAAGAAGCAAAAACGCCUUUCACAGUCUGAGGAGGAUGUGAUCCGACUCAUAGGGCAACAUCUGCACGGACUGGGGCUGAAUCAGACAGUGGAUCUGUUGAUGCAGGAGUCGGGCUGUAGGCUGGAACACCCCGCUGCUACCAAGUUCAGAAACCACAUCAUGGCAGGAGAGUGGGACAAGGCGGAAAAUGACCUCAGCGAGCUCAAAGGCCUGAUGCAUUCACCCAACGCUAUUGUGCGGAUGAAGUUUCUCCUCCUGCAGCAGAAGUAUCUGGAGUAUUUGGAGGACGGGAAAGUUCUGGAAGCGUUACAGGUGUUGAGAGGAGAACUGACUCCACUCAAAUACAACACGGACCGAAUCCACGUCCUCAGCGGGUAUCUGAUGUGCAGUCACGCCGAGGACCUGAGAGCCAAAGCCGAGUGGGAGGGGAAAGGAGUGAGCUCACGCUCCAAACUGCUCGAUAAACUACAGACGUACCUCCCCCCCUCGGUGAUGCUGCCCCCCCGGAGGUUACACACACUCCUGCGUCAGGCCGUGGAGUUACAGAGAGACCGCUGCCUUUAUCACAACACCAAGACGGACAACAACCUCGACUCUGUUUCACUGCUGCUGGACCACGUGUGCAGCAGGAAGCAGUUCCCCUGUUACACUCAGCAGAUUCUGACCGAACACUGUAACGAGGUUUGGUUCUGCAAGUUCUCUAACGACGGCACCAAACUCGCCACCGGAUCCAAAGACACCACCGUGAUCGUGUGGCAGGUGGACCCGGACACACACCAGCUGAAGUUGUGGAGGACGUUGGAAGGUCACGCGUACGGAGUGUCUUACCUGGCCUGGAGUCCUGAUGACAUGUACCUCAUCGCCUGCGGCCCAGACGACUGCUCGGAACUCUGGCUCUGGAACGUACAGACAGGUGAACUGCGUACGAAGAUGAGCCAGUCUCAUGAGGACAGUCUGACCAGCGUCGCCUGGAACCCCGACGGCAAGCGGUUCGUUACAGGAGGACAGCGGGGACAGUUCUACCAAUGCGACCUGGACGGUAACCUGGUGGACUCCUGGGAGGGAGUGCGUGUUCAGUGUUUAUGGUGUGUGAGCGAUGGCCGAACGGUUUUGGCCUCCGAUACACACCAACGCAUCCGCGCCUACAACUUCGAGGACCUGACCGACAGAAACAUAGUUCAGGAGGAUCAUCCGGUCAUGUCUUUCACUGUCUCUAAGAACGGACGAUUAGCUUUGUUAAAUGUAGCAACUCAGGGGGUUCAUCUCUGGGACCUGCAGGACCGUGUGUUGGUGAGGAAGUAUCAGGGAGUGACGCAGGGCUUCUACACCAUCCACUCCUGCUUCGGCGGCCAUAACGAGGACUUCAUCGCCAGCGGCAGUGAAGAUCAUAAGGUAUAUAUUUGGCACAAGCGUAGCGAGCUGCCCAUAGCUGAGCUAACGGGACACACUCGCACUGUGAACUGUGUUAGCUGGAACCCGUGUGUGCCGAGCCUGAUGGCCAGCGCUUCAGACGAUGGCACGGUUCGAGUGUGGGGCCCCGCCCCCUUCCUCCACGCACAGGAAGUGGACACUUUCAACGGUAAUGCUCGCUCACUGAUCACGGAACACUAUGCACUAACAUCUGGAGCAGUUACACUGAGAUCUCUCUCUCGCUCUCUCUUACUGUCUCUAUUUAUAUGUGUGUCUCUCUGUCCUUUCCUCUCCCGCUCACACUUCAGUUUUAACAGUGGACAUUGUCCCAGAGCAGCUUUACAGAAAUAUAUACAUUCAGGAUAUAGAUGUUAAACGUAUGAAUUUGUCCCUAAAGAGCAGACAGAGGCGAGGGUGGUGAGGAAAAACUCCCAGAGAUGAUAUGAGGAAGAAACCUUGAGAGGAACCAGUGCAGUUUUGUAAACAGGAAUUUCACAUGAAGUCUGUUCUGUUGAACUGUUCAUAUUAAUUACAGUCCAAAGCAUCGUCAUGGUUUUUAUAAAGUAGUACCAUCCUCAGUAAUCUCAUGGUGAGUGAUUUCCAACUGAUGAGAACUCCAACCAGAAGUAGGACAUCAGGAUGGAUCAGGCAGGUCCGGAGAGCAGAAGGGGUCAGGAUCACUGGCAUCUCAGGAGUAUCCUGUAGCUCGACAGAGAGAGAGAGAGAGAGAGAGAGAGAGAGAGAGAGAUUAUUAGGUAUGGUUAUUGUCCCGUAAUGGUGAAGGACAGUGUACUGUGUGUGAGUGAAAGCAGGGACUCUGGCAAGACUAGCUAUGACCUCAUAACUAAAAGGUUGAACCAGAAGGGAACACAGACAUGAGGACUUCCUGGGACAUAAUGCAGCCAGACACUCCACCAUCAACACACCUGGGUGAAGGUGUUAAAGUGGAAGAGCGACAGCAUCCAAACAUCCCAGUUCACCACGACACUCUAUACCUGUGAUCCUCUAGAUCUGCUCCUUUACCUAACAACAAAACUAUUCACAACAAGCUUGAGUAAACAAAUAUGUUUUCAGUCUGGACUUAAACACUGAGACUGUGUCUGAGUCCCGAACACUAACUGGAAGACUGUUCCAUAACUGUGGGGCUCUAUAAGAGAAAGCUCUUCCCCCUGCUGUAGCCUUCACUAUUCCAGGUACCAACAAAUAGCCUGCAUCUUUUGAUCUCAUUAGGCGUGGCCGAGCAUAAAAGAUCAGAAGUUCUCUCAGAUACUGUGGCGCGAGAGCGUUUAGUGCUUUAUAGGUUAAUAAUAGUAUUUUAUAAUCAAUGUGAGAUUUCACUGGGAGCCAAUGCAGUGUGGAUAAGAUCGGGGUGAUGUGGGCGUAUCUUCUGGUUCUAGUUAGGACUCUAGCAGCUGCAUUCUGGACUGACUGGAGUUUGUUUAUGCUCCUACUGGAACAUCCAGACAGUAAGACAUUACAGUAAUCUAGUCUAGAGGUGACGAAAGCAUGAACUAAUAUUUCUGCAUCAUGUAGUGACAAUAUAUGUCUUAUCUUAGAAAUAUUUCUGAGAUGAAAGAAGACUAUCCUAGUAAUAUUAUCUACAUGAGCAUCAGAUGAUAGACUGGAGUCAAUAAUCACUCCAAGGUCUUUUACUGCUGCACAUGAUGACACAGAAAGAACAUCCAGAGUUACUGUGUGAUCAGAAAGAUUACUUCUAGCUGCAUGUGGUCCUAGUACAAGUUCUUCUGUUUGAUCAGAAUUAAGUAAAAGGAAAUUAAUAUUCAUCCAGCGUCUAAUGUCCUUUACACAUUCCUCAACUUUACUAAGCUUCUGUCUGUCCUCUGGCUUCGCUGAAACAUACAGCUGUGUAUCAUCAGCAUAACAGUGGAAGAUAAUUCCAUAUUUACGAAUAAUUUGACCUAGAGGUAGCAUAUAUAAAGUAAAAAGCAGUGGGCCUAAAACAGAACCUUGUGGAACACCAAAUUUAACCUCGGUAUGUGUGGAGAAGUCUCCAUUUACAUCUACGAACUGAUAACGAUCGGUCAGAUAAGACCUGAGCCAGGAGAGGACUGUUCCCUUAAUGCCAACAACAUUUUCUAAUCUAUCAAGGAGAAUAGUGUGAUCUAUAGUAUCAAAAGCUGCACUAAGGUCGAGUAACACAAGCAGCGAGACACAACCCUGAUCAGAGGUCAGUAGAAGGUCAUUUACUACUUUAACCAGUGCUGUCUCUGUGCUAGGAUGAGGUCUAAAUCCUGAUACAUUUCAUGAAUGUACACUUCUCUGUUUCUCUCUUUUUCACUCUCUCACUCUUUAUUUCUCUCUUCUAUCUGUCUCACUCUCUGUCUGUCUGUCUCU